AAUAAAGAAAACAAGAUGGCAACGGGUCCAGAUCACGGGCUGAAACGAAUCGUGUGGAAAAGAAUAAAAGAUACAAUUAUUACAGAUUGCAGGAAAUCGGAAGUAUGGAAGAUAUUGAUUCUGGACCCCUUCACCACCAAGCUCGUCUCAUCAUGCUGCAAAAUGUCCGAUCUGAUACCAGAAAAAAUAACAAUCGUGGAGGACCUGUUCAAAAGCAGAGAGCCUGUUCCAGAAAUGAAGGCCAUCUACUUCAUGUCACCAACGGCUAAGUGUGUGGAUGCCUUUAUCGCUGACUUCAAGCCCAAACCUAAAUACAAAGCAGCGUAUGUUUAUUUCACUGACUACUGUCCCGAUGAGCUUUUUAACAACAUGAAGCGGUCCUGUGCGGCGUACAUCCGAGUCUGUAAGGAGAUAAACAUGUCCUUCCUGCCACUAGAGGCUCAAGUGUUCACAUGUGACAAUCCGGGGGCUUUCCAAAGCAUCUACAGUCCCAACAGCCAGGACAAAAAGAAGACACUGGAGACACUCGCAGACCAGCUCGUCACGCUCUGUGCCACGUUGGACGAGUACCCGGGGGUUCGAUACAAGAAAGACGGCAACAUGGAGAACGCCAAGACCCUUGCAGAGCUGGUGGACGACAAACUGGCCAAACACUACGCGCUGGAUGACAGCGGCACGAAAAAGGGAAAGACUCAGGCCCAGCUGCUGAUAGUGGAGCGGGGCUUUGACCCCGUCAGCCCCAUCCUGCACGAGCUGACCUACCAGGCCAUGGCUUACGACCUCAUCGACAUCCAGAGCGGCACCUACACUUACAAGGGUAAAGAUGGCUCAGAGAAGCAGGCCUUGCUGAGUGAGGACGACAUGCUCUGGGUUAAGCUGAGGCACAAGCACAUCGCCGAGGUCUCAGAACAAAUCCGCAAGUUGGUAAAGGAAAUGUCCGCUAACAAGAAACAGCCGGAUGGGAAGAUCACAAUUAGCAGUUUGGCCCAGAUGAUGAAGAAGAUGCCCACAUUCCGUAAACAGGUGACUGAGAAAACCAUUCAUCUGCAGCUGGCUGAGGACUGCAUGCAACUUUUCUCAAACAACGUGGAGAAACUCUGCAAAGCUGAACAGGACCUUGCGGUGGGGUCAGACGUAGAGGGGGUGAAGGUGAAAGACCCCAUGAGGACUCUGCUGCCGGUGCUGCUCCACCCGUACAGCACCUACGACAAGAUCAGAGCUGUGCUGCUCUACAUCUUCAGCCUCAGCGGAACAACCGACGAGAACUUAAGCAAGCUCAUCCAGCAUGUAAAGAUUGAGGCGGAGCGAGAGUUCAUCCUGAACUGGAAGGAGCUGGGGGUCCCUAUCAUCACAACGCCCAGCUUCUUCCCUCGCAAAUCGACCAGACGCGAUCGUUCCCAGGAUCAGACUUACAACCUUUCCAGAUGGACUCCUGUCAUUAAAGAUGUGAUGGAGGAUGCUGUGGAGAACAAACUGGACACCAAAGAGUGGCCGCACCAGUCCGAGUGUCCUGCUGCCUGGAAUGGCUCCGGAGCUGUCAGUGCCCGUCAGAAGCACAAAGCCAGUGCUCAGGACGAACGCCGGAGCGGUGCACGCCUCAUUGUUUUUGUUCUCGGGGGAAUCUGCCACUCUGAGAUGCGCUGUGCCUACGAGGUGACCCAGGCCGUUAAAUCCUGCGAGGUCAUCAUAGGGUCUUCUCACAUUUUGACCCCGACUGGUCUCCUGAAUGACAUCAAGGCUCUGAGCAACGGCCCCAUGGAGACUUUUACAAUAGAGUAAAAGAGCAACGCCUGAGAGGUCCAACUAAACUACUGCCCAAAUUCCCCUGCCUCCCUACAUCUCGUAGCACAGUGCACUCAACUCGACCUCCACAAUGGAAGACUGAAGGGAAUUUACCUUAUUCUUGUCUUUAUGUUUUAAUACUCUUUCCAAACCUGGUGCACAUUACAGUAGGGAUGAGGGCAAAUGAUCUUUUAACUAGCUCAACAACUAUGAUCUUGGCCUGCUUAUGGCAUAUGUAGUUUGCUAAUUGUCAUUUGAUUAUAUUAAAAGUGAAUUGACCUCAUCCUGCUGUAAACACAGUAGAAAAUGUCUAAUCUGCCUAUCUGGGGUUGCGCUGUCCAUACGAGACAGAAUGGUGAUAGAAAGUAACACAAAGCUAAUGUAUAUACUGCAUGUAAGCACGGAGUCCCUGCUGUGUCAUUCUGACUUUUUCAGUCUCACUUUAUGUAAUUUUGAAGUGUUUUUAAUACAAGAGUAUUUACGUUUUUGUUAAUUGAACUGACUAAUAAAUGGAUGAAGUGGUUCAAA